CAACAAUGGUGAAAAGAUGCUGCUGGGGUACCUGUAACACGGACAGCAGGUUCCCCGACCGUCUGGAAGGUGGGGUGACAUUUAUACCCUUUCCUAAACCCGGCAGGAGUUUGGAAAAAUGCAAAGAAUGGAUAAGACUGUGUGGCAGACCACAAUCACAACUGAACGAAGAAAUCUUGCGUGAGCGUAGUAAAGCCAAACACCUGUUUGUCUGUUCUAAGCAUUUUGUUGAUGGGAAGCCAUCCGAUUUGUAUCCAAAUCCAAGGUCUGCACUUCCCUAUGACAGGAUAACACCAAGCAGAAAGAGACCAAUGCCAAGACCUGAUUUGACAAAAAGUACCAAACGAAAAAUUCUGGAUAUCGUGGACGAAAACGAUAACAUCGAAAUGGAGAGCAUUGUGGUGCCAUCUGAAGUGCAAUUAGACAUGCAGAAAGAUGACAAUUUGCUUAUGAAAGAAACACAACCUUUAGACCUACUGGCUCUGGCUGCUGAAAACAGAAGAUUAGACCAGGAGCAUGCCAAACUUAUAUCAAACAACGCACGUUUAAGUGAAGGUUAUUCCAAAAUGAUACUUCAAUAUGAACAGUUAUGUCGAAAGACAACUUCCCAUGAGGUACAGGGGGAUUCCAAGGCCAUGUUCAACUGUAAUAAUUUGAAACCAUCAGAUUACCAGUACUACACCGGAUUUUCCAGUGACAGAUUUCACAAUUUGGUCAAGUUUUUUAUCCCAUCAGAAGAAGAGCCAUUUACAUUUACAAAAACAGUGAGUGGAACAAAAAAUGUUUCUUUGGAAGACCAGCUUCUUCUUGUGCUGAUGAAGUUACGACAAAAUUUUGAUUUUGUACAUUUAAGUAACCUAUUCAUGUUUUCUUCUCAGGCUUGCAGCACAAUAUUUUCCAAUUGGAUUAAUUACAUGUUUUUCAAACUUGGUUCACUUGUGAUUUGGCCCAAAAGAGAGGAGAUAGUGAGGAAUAUGCCAUCGAAGUACAAAGAGGAUUUCCCUGACACGAUUGUUAUCAUCGAUGGAACAGAACUCAAAAUUCAAAAACCAAGUGCAUUAAAUCGACAGAGUCAGUGCUACUCGGACUAUAAAUCCUGUACUACCUUGAAAGCUCUAGUUGGUGUUGAUCCCAGAGGAUCGGUUAUCUUUGCCUCAAUGCUUUUUUCUGGAUCUAUUUCGGAUAAAGUUUUAACCAAAGAAAGUGGUUUUCUUAACCUUCUGACAGACCUCAUUGAGCAACAGAAAUAA